AAAGUGGGGCUAUCAAAAUUUGCCACUGCAAUGGUAAUCUUUUCCAGCCUGAAUGCAGUGCUUGGGAUCAGAUUUGUGAUUGACAGAGAAGACUGUUUCUCUCAUAAUGUUCAAUAUGAAGGGGAUAGAGUCCAGGCUUCAUUUGUUGUGAUCAAGAUUGAUACAUCUUGGCAAUAUACUAAUGAUGGUGUAGACCUUUCGGUGAAGGGACCUUCUGGUGAAACAAUUAAAGAAUUUCAUGACAUGACAAGUGAAAUAUUCGAAUUUGUGGCUCGAGACAAUGGACCUCAUCGCUUCUGCUUCACCAACAAGUCUCCCUAUCAUGAAACAAUUGAUUUUGAUGUCCAUUCUAACCACGUUCAUUUCACUGAUCAGCAUGCAAAAGAUGAGCAUUUAACUCCUUUGUUAGAUCAGAUAACGAAGUUAGAGCAUGCACUUUUCAACAUUCAGUAUGAACAGCAUUGGCUUGAGGCUCAGACAGAACGCCAGGCAAUAGUAAGCAAUGCAUUGAGCUCCAGAACACUUCACAAGGCCAUACUUGAAUCAAUGGCACUAAUGGGAGCCAGCGCCCUCCAAGUUUAUCUUCUUCGUCGCCUCUUUGAAAGAAAGCUUGCAAUAUAGAGUUCAAGUGUCACUACGUUGAUUUUGGAGCAUAACUUGUUAGUCCACUAAAUUAUGUUGGCCAUUAUAGGUUACACUGCAUGCAUUAGAACCAACUGAUUGAAUAUUAUUUAGCUGCUCGGCUCUGUUUUUUUAGGCACAUGGACAUGCAUUCUUGUCUUGUGCUACACAAAAAAGUCAUGUUAAUAUUGCUGUCUCCGAGCUCUCUUGUUGAGUCCUCUUAAAUUUCGCAGGAAAAGUGGACCAAAUAAAUGAUAAAUA